AUGAACACUACAAGCAGUCCACAACAACCGGUGCCAUUAUCAUCCGAUGGAAUCCUCGUAUCAUUACCAUCACCGCCAGUUUUCCCAUUGGCAACACCAUCACUUCUUACUCCUUCAUUAAUCACACGUUCAACUAUUGUUGAUCAUCGACUAAAACCUCGCACAGCUGGUGUUGAUAUUGAUACAAAUAAAUUAUCAACAACAAUAAAACGUUCUCAAGCUAUAUCAAAUAUUCAAGAUUUAGACGAAAAUAGUCCGGUGACAUUCGAAAUUGAACCCAAUGAGCAUCUUCAUUUACGUAAAAAAGUUCAAUUACAAACGAAUUCUAUAUCAAUAAGUAAUCGGACAAUAAAUGAAUCAAUAUCAUCUAUUGAUCAACAACAAACAAAUAGUAGUGGCUGUGGUGAUGAAUCUGACGCACGUUCUGAAUCCAGUGAAAAACCACCUGAAUAUCUUGAAGAAGAAAAACCAAUUUUAACUGGUAUACAUGUCAAAGGAGCUACGCUUAAUCGAUUGAUUCGCGUAUUAAUCGAUUCAUUUCAAUCAAAUGGGACAGUGAUUGAUGAUAGCGAAUAUCCCAAAGUGUUUUUUCUUAUGCAUAAAUGGAUAAUGGAAUCCGAAUAUUUAAGUAAUAUGUUAUAUGAUUUAUAUAGACAUUCAAGUGAUGAUUAUAAGAAAGCAAUGAAUGCUAAUGACAAGCGCUUUAGUAAAGAUUAUCAAUUGCGCAUUUGUCAUGCUUAUAAUUAUUGGAUGAAAAACUUUCCCAUGCACUUCGAUCUUGAUAGAAACUUGAAAGAAACGUGUGCAAAAAUUAAAAAUCUCAUUGAAUCAUCAGGCGAUACUGAAUAUAUGAAGCUAGUUGAUCUUUCGCAAAUACCAUCAUUUGAUUGGAUGCGUCAAAUGACUGUAAGAAAUCAAAUGAAAAAUAAAACUGUUUCCCUUGGUUUCAAUAAUAUUGAACCUCAAACAUUGGCAGCCCAAUUAACAUAUUUAGAAUGGAAAAUUUUACGGCGAAUUACAUUCACAGACUAUAAAGCAUAUGCUAUUAAAAAUACUUUACAAGAUAAUCCACGUCUUGAACGUUCAAUACAAUUUUUCAAUGGUUUAUCAACAUGGAUACAAUGUAUGGUUUUAAGUAAAAUGACACCAAAACAGCGUGCUGAAAUUAUACAUAAAUUCCUUGAUGUGGCUAAAUAUUUAAGAGAAUUACAAAAUUUUAAUACAUGUUUAGCUGUUAUUGGUGGAAUAUCUCAUAGUGCAUUAGCUCGUUUGUCAAAAACAAUGAUGUGUUUAUCCCCUGAAGAUAUUAAACUUUUAACCGAAAUGACAGAUUUAUUAUCUUCAAAUUCAAAUUAUGCUCAAUAUAGAAAAAAUUUAUCUGAAUGUGAAGGUUUUAAAAUACCGAUAAUUGGAGUACAUUUAAAAGAUAUAAUUUCUCUUCAUGUUGCAUUACAAGAUCGUCUGGAAUAUGAUUUGAUUAAUUUUCGUAAAUUAGUUCAAUUGAGUAUUACAUUUCGAACAUUGAAUAAUUUACAAGAAUCUGUACCGCCGGUACAACCAAAUCAUGAUCUCAUUAAUUUACUUACACUUUCAUUAGAUUUGAGUUAUACAGAAGAUGAAAUCUACGAACUUUCCUUAGCAAGAGAACCUCGAUCAUCGGUUUCAUCGGUUUCAUCGCCGGAUCAAACUUCACGAGCUUUACAUCCUGGUGAAACAACAAGCGAUUCCAUGUCCGAUACUUAUAAGAAAAAAGAACAAGUUCAAAGUCCUGUAUUUGCUGAUUGGGCAGCUGGUGUAAGUCAAACAAUUGAUCUUCAAACAAUUCAACGGCAUGUCAAUGCAAUGGUUGAAGCAGUUUUUACCACUUACGAUCAUGAUCGUGAUGGUUAUAUAUCACAUACAGAGUUUGAAGAAAUAGCACAAAAUUUUCCAUUUAUUGAUACAUUUACUGUACUUGAUGCUGAUCAAGAUGGAAUGAUAUCAAAAACAGAAAUGCGUAGUUAUUUUCUACGUGCUAAAUAUCAUGAUUUAAAAGGUGAAUUUAAACAUGACUUUCAUGAGACAACCUAUUUUAAACCAACAUUUUGUGUUCAUUGUACUGGACUUCUUUGGGGUCUAAUUAAACAAGGUUGGAAAUGUAAAGAUUGUGGUAUUAAUGCUCAUCGCCAUUGUAAAGAUCAAGUUGUAAUGGAAUGUCGACAAAAACGUCAGCAUCCAGUUAAUAAACAAGGUUCUGUCAGUGAUUCACGUCCGAGUCGUAGUUCAUUUCGUAUACGUAAAACUCGUAAACAAAAGGCUACACAAACUGAAGACAUUAAUUUUUCAUCGUCAACGUCAUCACAGGGAACAUCCGAAAGUUGUACAAGUUCAUCCGAUGAAGAACAUCAUACAAUUAAUAAUGAUAAAUCAACACAUCAUCAGCAAUGGCAUUUACGUAAGCCAUCCUCGUUAAAACAUCGAAAAACCAAUUUUUCGGAUUCAAAUGAGGAAUAUUAUUAUACACAUCCACCAUCACCAUUACCACAACAACAACAGCAACAACAACAACAACAAAUAGCAAUAAAUAAUAACAUACCGGGCAAUGUUAUUCCAAUGGCACAACAAUUGAUACCUAGAGGACCAUUGAUAUGUUCGGAUAGUUUUGAAAAAUGGAAUGAUCGUAGUUUUGGAUGGAAUCGUUCAUUACCACAGUCAACUUUAUUAUCAUCAGCACCCAGUACCUCAACUGGUACAUCGGAAUCAACAACAAGUAUAACAACGACGACAACAACAGAGAGAGAAACUCAUGAACAAGAUAAAUCGAAAUCACGAUCAUUCUAUGAUCAAACACCAUUUCUUGAACAUAAUGUUAGUGAUGAUUAUGAAGACAAUAAUGGAAAUCAUUUUAUAGAAUCGAAGCAAAAUGAUACUCCACCAUCGAAACAUCGUUCGAUAAAGACAACAAUAUGUAAAGAUGUUGACUUAUUGACAUCGUCAGCAUUUGAUGACAAUGGUGCAGAUGCAUGUGUUACAAAUUUACAAACUAUACAGUCAAAAAUUAAUUUUGGUAGUAGUGAAAAUUUAAAUACAAGAAAAUUAUCUUUAACGGAAUCUUUACAUUCAUUACCAGCAAAGCCUGAUCCAACACAAAAUGAAAUAUUUGAAAGGUUAAGACAAGCUGAAGAAGAAAAGAAACGACUAGAGGUCGAAAAUCGAGCCAUGAAACAAGAACUUGUUCGAACCAAAUCUAAAAUUAGUUCAUUAAGACGUGAAAUGACUUCUAUACAACAGUUACAUCUUGCACAACAGCAACAACAACACGUUCAAGGACUGCUAUCAGCACCAACAAUUUUAUUAAAUCGACAAAAGCUUGAACAGCACCAUCAUCAUUCGUCAUGUCAACCUCAACCUCAUCCUCAAUCAUUGAUAUUUACAUAUAAAACAGAGAAUUGUGAUCCAACCAAUUCUUGUCAUGAUUAUCAUAAAAAGAACCUUUCAAUAUCAAGUAAUGAAGAACCAGUGUCGCCUCCACCUACAACAAAUCAUCCAACAUGUUCAGUACAAUCAACCCAGACAACAUCGCGUUCACCACCAUCAACAAUAUUGAAUUUUUCCAAUUUAUUAUUAUCAUCACCAUUGAAUAAUACUUCAAAUGAUCAACAAUCACAAAUACAAUCUCGUCGUUCGUUUAGUUUAACACCUUCUUCCAUACAUUGUGAUUCGACUAUAUCAGUAUCUGAUGAACAGUUACGACUCUAUCUUACUGAAACAUUACAACGAGAAAAAGAUAGUGCCGUUUAA